AUGGAGAGUCGACCGUAUCACCGUUCAUUUCUUGAACAGCUUAACGCAGAACUGUUGCUUUGGAUCGCAGCGUACCUGGAGCCGUCGGAGGUGGAAGCUCUCUGGAGCGCCUCCCAAUCGACUGCCUCAACUCUUCAAUGGAAUGAUCUUGAGCACUUUUGCUUUGAGACGCUCCGCCGUCGCUAUGGUUCUCUCUUCGCCCGACACCUUCAGCAAGCGUACCGCCAGGAGCGGGAAAGACGGGGUCCCGGUGGCGUCCGCGGGCCCUGGAGCUGGCGGCGGGCCUUCCACUGCGUCUACCACGCUCACCGGUGGCUGUUUGGCGUGAGCUUUCGCGCCAGCGCUCCGCAUACGGAGACUUCGUCCAUGACGUGGUCAGCAGUUUUUCGGGAGCGACGCAGCGCUCCGUCUGAGUCAUCCCCGAGUCCACCGUGGGGCCGUCUCCUGGUCCAACGCUUCGACCAACGGGCCGUCGAGGGUAUCGGGAAUGGUGCGCUGCUCGCUGCCGUACUACGCAUGCGACCUGACAGCGCUAGCCGAGACCCAGUGUAUGCGGAAUGUGCGCUGAUUGUGACCCCGUAUCGCAUUGUCUGGUUCGAAGCGACACCCCUGUCCGGCUCUGAUCUGUGCCUGGACACCGAGCGGAGUCACUUGCUCACCACGCCGCUCGUGCUGACGGCAGCGCUGAGCGACGAUGAGCGACUACUGGUGCUAGGUCGUCGAGGCUGCACCCUCGAAGUGCGUGAUGUCAUGACCUGCAACGUUGUUGCUGAGGCCCGCCUCCCGGUGCGCAUUUCGAAACGGGACGAGUACUCGUGCCUCGACGCUGCGGGCGAUAUGAUCGCAGCAGGCACCAUGGCUGGUAGGCUUUUGAUUUUCGAUUGCACGCAAGCUCUCCAGAAGGGUGUCCAGCGAACGGGUACCGUGCGCCUGAAACCUGUGCGAAUGGAAAUAAGUACAAGCGGUGAGCCGCUCUCGCAGGUGCGCCUCUGCCGAAGCGCCGAAAGCAGUCAUCGUCCCGAUCUCGUUGUGGUGUGCACUCAAAAGCAGUUGCGCAUCUACUAUAUCCAACUGGGACUUUUUAUCUUCCAGCGGGAUUUCGAGCGCCCCAUCCGUAGCGUACACAGCGCGCGCUCUCGUACCUGCAUUUACAUUGCUUCGGGGAGUACGGUGGACAUUAUCGAACUACCGGCCUUGGAGUAUGCGGCGACACUGGGGCGUCCAUCGAUCAUGAGCGAAGACGAUCAAUUGACCUGUAUUGCCGUUGACGAGCACGGCAAUGUUGCUGGCGGCUGGAGCAGCGGACACGUAACCUUUUGGCCGGCACGAGGACGCCUCGUUGGCAUCGCGCUAACCUACCACGAUCGUCACUUGGACCUGCACGAAUGGAAGCAGUCUGGGCGUGUCUGUCGGACGGAUCUCUCACAGGACGUCGAUGAGCUUGAAAGGAAUGCCCAGUCGGCAUGGUGCGGAUCCCGAAGCCCCAUCCGAAGCAUCUACGUCGAUCGUGAUCGAGUGAUCAGCGCCUCGAGUGGCGGCGUUAUAGAGGUUUUUGCUCACCAGCAGGUAAUCGAGGCACCAGCAGUUCAUUCCUUACGACACGAAUCAUAUGCUCAUGCCUGGCAGCAUUGCCGCACCGCUCGUAUUUCGAUACCGAACCUGCACGGAGACAUCACGCAUCUUAGUGCCGGGGAAGGGACACUGCUAGGCGGUCUCUGUGGCGACGCAGCGAGUGCGCAGCGGUUGCCGCUCGUCUUGCUUCAGUUCUCUGCGCUGCGAGACCAGAGUAAUGGUGGCGCUGCAGAGGCCGACGAGUCGGCUGACACACUCGGCUGUGCUGGAGUUGCUGGCGGAGCACCCGUGCGGUAUCGCGAAAACGGUUGGCUCCCGCCCGCAGACAUCAUCCAGGCGUUCUGGGUGCUGGAGUCAUCUGGUCCCGACAAGCUCGCGCCCGUCAUCACCCGAGACUGA